AAUACUUGCGUACACAUCAGCUCGCAAGUUCCAAGCGUUUGCUCGCCAGCAGCAGCAGCACCAGCAGUUGUGAAAAGUCAGUCACUUUUAUAGCCGUUUUGUGUCAAGAAAAGCCAAGUCAAGCAGUACAGCAAAUAAUUCCUAAUAUUCGAAUCAAUAAUGCAUUGCGUUUUUCUAGCGAUUUACUUGUGUUUAACCAUUACAAUCUGCAGUGCUACUGGACUCAGUGGUCCGUACCUCUUUUGGGGUCAUCGGGGUGUGAUUAAUUUGCAGCCACGCGCCCUUGUCGAGGCCAGCGAAGAAGAUUUGACCAAUUUGUUUCAGGACACUAAGGCAAUUGUGAUUUUUGUACGCAAUACAACUGGACGCCUAGAUGGCAAGGCAUAUCCGAGAUUUCAGCAAUUGGUGAAGUCGAAUGCUUGGUCAUAUUUGCCACAACAUUUUCUCAAUGCGGAGCCCUUUAACUACAAUGCCAAUAUAGAGGUCAUUAAUCUAAGCGGCAAUGCUGAAGAAGAAGACGAAACAAUUGUAUCUGGCUAUAAUGAUGCGCUUACCAUUUACGGUGAAGGAGAGGUGUUGGGCAUAUUAGCGAGUCGCGAAGAUGACACACAUUAUAUUAGCAAACGAGACGCUAAAGAACGUGAAGAACGCACAGAAGAGGAACGCGGCGCUACUACGACUUCUCAAACACCAACCGUUGAGGAGGAGGACAAAACUUUCAUUUAUGUGGCACUUGGCGACAAGGCGGUGUUAUAUGUAACUUCUGCCCCCGUAAUCAAUCUCGCUGGCAGAUUAAACAAUACCAAGCUUGUGUCGCACAACAAAGAUGUUACAUUCGAUGAUCAAAAGGGCAAAGGUUAUGGCCGCCUCAAUAUUAUAUUCUCCGUGGAAUCACAGAAAUUAUUUAUGCGCUUCAAUUUCACAUUGAGUCGUGGCUACUGGUACAUGAAGGCUGUUGAGGUGGAAUAUAAUGAUUACAAAACGGUGCUACCAGUUAUCGGUACGAUCUAUAGCAUUCCCUCGGCACCAAUUGGUUUCUCGUAUCGCUGCUCCUCGCGCAGUCUGCAAUUCGGUAACGAUAGUGAUAGUCUCGUUAUAAAUGACUUUCAGGUGCAACCCUGGUUGAAUGGCGUGCCACGCUUUGGUGAUGUUUACGAUUGUGUUGGCUUCACAACUGCUCCCAUUUGGGCUGGCAUUUUGGUGACUCUCUUCUUGGUUGGCAUUUUGUCAUUUGGCCUGAUGGCAUUGAUGGAUAUUAAAACACCAAAUCGUUUUGAGACUUCACGCAGCAAACAAUUAUCAAUCUUUAUACAAGAGUAAAAGAGUAAAGAAAUAUUAAAGUCUUGUGUGUAAGUCCAUCACUGCUCUGGACAUACUAGAACAGUUUUACAUAGAAAAUAAUCGAAUGUGUAUGUAAUUCCGGUUUGGAAAUGUUCAUACUAAUCACAUACGGUAUAGCAAAUCCUUUUGCGCUGCUCACAUUGGCUAUAGAAUUUUUCCUCAUACAUUUAUUAUUUAUUUUAAUUGUUAUGUAUAUUUAUAUUUUAUUAUUAUAUUAACCCUUAAAUGACUAGCGUGUUAUGAUGAUUAUUAGUCAACAAUAUCUGGUUAAAGCAUAUAUGAAUAUAGAUAGUUAUGUGAAUACACAAAAUAAAUACUCAUUAAUCAAAAUAUGUA